ACUAUAAGUUGAUAAUACCUACAACUACGUCGGCGACGCAGACGCAAAGUAGUUUUUUUGUAAUUUCUUGACAGCUAUCACAACGGGGGCCGAACAAUCAGCCAUGUCUGUCUCUCAGAUGGAAAAAAAUCUUUUUAAUCUCAAAUUUGCUGUGAAAGAGCUUGAGCGAAAUUCAAAAAAAUGCGAGAAGGAAGAGAAAAUAGAAAAGGCCAAAGUCAAAAAGGCUAUACAGAAAGGAAAUAUGGAAGGAGCAAAAAUUCAUGCUGAAAAUGCUAUUAGACAAAAGAAUCAAGCUCUCAAUUACUUACGCAUGAGUGCAAGAGUAGAUGCUGUGGCAAGCAGAGUACAAACAGCAUUGACCACAAGGAAAGUCACGCAAUCCAUGGCUGGUGUUGUCAAGGCUAUGGAUGCAGCUAUGAAAUCUAUGAAUUUGGAGAAGAUUUCUGGUCUCAUGGAUAAAUUUGAAAGUCAAUUUGAAGACUUGGAUGUACAAAGUUCUUAUAUGGAGAAUGCUAUGUCUCAAACUACUACUACAAACAUUCCUCAAAAUGAGGUAGAUUUGCUUAUGCAGCAAGUAGCUGAUGAAGCUGGUUUGGAGUUAAAUAUGGAGCUUCCAUCUGGUCAGACAGGCAGUAUAGGAACUUCAACUGCUGUGAGUCAAGAACAAGAUGAAUUGACUCAACGAUUGGCUAGACUCAGAGAAUAAAUAUAAAUUGCGAAAGUUUGUUCACAUCAAAUGUAUUAUAAUUUUAUGUACAUUUUAUAUUUUUAAUAACAUUUGCAAAGUUUGUUGCGUAAUUGAGUGCACUGAACAACUUACGUAAAUACACAUUAGCGUUUUUAAAUUUAGUCAAAAGAAAAAAAUAAUUUGACAAAAGAAUUUUAAUGGUCUAUGUCAUGAUGUUACAAAUAAAUAUAGAUUCUAUUACUAAUUUAGACUUUAAAAUUCUUGUGUUGAAUUUUUAUUCAAGGUACAUAAUUUUUUAAAAGGUUUUCAUCUGUUUGAGUAAUUGAAUGAUACUUUAAUAUGAAAUCCUUGUAGAUUUACUAUUUUUAAUGAAUAUAAAUUAUUAACAAAUAUACAUAAAUAAAAUUUAAGCUACAAAAACCAGUAUCCAAUUUUUUAUAUCACUACUUUAUUUUUUAAAGUCAUUGUAUAAU